CUUCCUGCUUUGCUUCGCCCGACCGAACCAUGACAGACCACUGCCGGGCCAACGGCUUUGGCAACGGAACCGGGGUAGACCAGAGCGUCUCCCUGCUGGAAGCCACCAAGGAAGAAAAGGCGGUGUCCCUGCGAGAACGAGAAGAAGACGAGCGCUUUUUGCGGCAACCGCACCACGGCAACACGAACGACGGACCCGGCAACGACAACAACAACGGCAACGACAGCAACCACGACAGCAACCACGUCCACAACCCACACGAACCCAGCAACAACGACACUGGCGACACUGGCGACACCAAGCCCAUCAACAACAACGACAACGACAACAACAACAACGACGACGACGACGACACCGACGCCUCGGAGCUGCGGAGACGCCUCGCGUGCCUCCGGAAGCGGCGGAAGCGGAUCCGGGAGCACCCGGCACGGGCCGAGUGGGCCUUMCGGGAGGAGGCCCUCCGGGAGGCCCUGAACGAGGGCCGGAGGGACCGGCAGCGGCUGGCCGACGAGUACGCCAGCGCCCUCAGGGGCAGGGACCACGCCUCGCUCUUCCUGGACGUUGCCUGCCGCUGGAACGUCCUGAACGACUGCUUCCACRUCUGGAUCGGCGGGGGRGGYGCCUUUGCGACGAUCAACGGGUGCCGGCUGGGYGCGGAGGCCCCCCCGCUCCCCCCCGGGCUGCGGGUGGCGUCCCGGGAGGAAGCGGGAAUCGGGGCUGUUCGGAAGGGGGGAAAGUGGGUCGUCUCGGGGAACACCUCCGAACCAGGAAAGCAGGCCCCCCGGAGGAGGCUCCUCGGGUUCUUUGGCAGCGAUCCGGCCGAACAGCCCGCWGCGGCGGCUCCCGCUGCUUCCGCCACUCCCGGACUCCAGGGGAGCCUCCCCCCGGCUUCCGAGCCGACGCGGGUCCCGUGGCCGGAGGUCAACGCCGCCCUCGGACACGCCUGCCUCCUGCUCAAGAUCCUGCAGGAGGCCUCCUCCAAGAACGCCGGCACCGGCAUGCGGUUCACCCACGAGCUCUUUCCCAUGGGAUGCACCAGCAAGAUCGGGAUCCGCUUCGGAACCCCCGAUUCUUCCCCCGGGGUCCUGGCGGCGGCGACGGGCCUCGGGAGCCUGCUGGCGACGGGCAAGAGGAACCUCGUCGCGGCCGGGCCGUCGGCGCCAAUCACCUACAACCUCUUCUUCGAGGAGGCACCGGGCUUUAGCUUUUUCAAGAACCACUCCCGGGACUUCAACUGGGCCCUCCAGGCCUUUUUGCAGUGCGUCGCGGAGGCGGCCUCCCAGCAGACCGACAAGACGAUCGCGAUCCCGCACGCGAUCCGCCACGAAACGGCCGGCGCCAACGCCACGAGUGGCAGUGCCGCCGGCGCCAACAGCARCARCAACAACAACAGCAACAGCAACAACGCGGCAAACUUUCUGAACGGGGGCGAAUGGACCAUCGGGGGCCUGUCGAUUUGCUACCACCACCACGAACAGGGCAGGGGGGAGAGGGACGGGAGCGGACCGGAACGGGGGGCUUCCGCGAGCCCGGGGGCGCUGGAGUGGACCAGGGCCUGCCGGUACCUGCUGACGAACCUCAAGUGGCUGGUGGCCUACUCGGCAAAGCACGUCGACCGAUAGACACGGAUUUGUGCGUGCCGAAAGGAAACAAAAACCAAAACAAYAYUUUURACAAAAGGACUAUAGCAUUGCUGCGAGUGCGUACGCACGUGCUCGAUGUGAAAAACAAACACRCAUACACAAA